UCAGACUAGGAAAUGCCCGCGGAAGAUUACUCGGAACUCCUCGAGUUCUACAGUCUGAAAGAAACGAUAGGCAGUGGAGGCUUUGCCAAAGUAAAACUUGGAAUUCAUUUGUUGACACAAGAAAAAGUUGCAAUAAAAAUAGUCGACAAAAACAGCAUUGGUAAAGACCUUCCGAGAGUUCUAUUGGAGAUCGAAGCACUGAAAAGCCUUGUUCAUCAUAACAUCGCGAGGCUGAUUGAAGUAUUUGACACUCCUAAUAAAUUGUUUAUAGUGCUUGAAUAUUGCGGUGGAGGCGAGUUAUUUGACCAUAUUGUUAACAAAGACAGAUUAGACGAAUGGGAGGCCACCUUCUUUUUUCGGCAGAUCCUCUGUGCAGUAUAUUACAUUCAUGGAAGAGGAUAUUGUCAUCGGGACCUGAAACCGGAAAAUAUUUUGCUGGAUUCAGACAAAACUAUAAAGUUGAUCGAUUUUGGUCUAUGUGCUUUUCCGGAUGCUGGGCUCAAGACACCUCUUGACACAUGUUGUGGCUCGCCUGCUUAUGCUGCUCCCGAGCUCGUCUCGGGCAAAGCUUACCUGGGCACGGAAGCAGAUAUUUGGUCAUUAGGAAUUUUGCUCUACGCGUUGCUCUGUGGGUUUUUGCCAUUCGAAGACGAGAACGUGAGUCGUCUGUACGACAAGAUAAAACUAGGAGAUUACGAGGAACCCGAUUGGCUCUCCGCAGGGGCAAAGAGACUCAUCAAGCGAUGUCUCACUACAAAUCCUAAAGAGAGAAUAGAAAUCAAUGAGCUGAUUGAAGAUCCAUGGCUAACCCGGGCUCACUUUGGGCCGAUGCGAAUGUUGUGGCCUUCGUUUUCCAAGUACGAGUUCGACGAAGACGUGGUUGGUCACAUGGCCCACUUUUUCAACGUCAGCAGGAGAGAUGUGAAGCUGAAGUUGUCUGAGUGGAACUAUGACAGCUUCCUCGCAAUUUACCAGGUGUUGCUGAAGAAAAAGCAGCGCCAUGAACCAUUGGAAGGCGUUUUGAAGAAAGUCAGAUCAGUAUCUAACCGAAUGACUCACACAACAGUGCCAAGAUCACCUUCAUGUGGUCAUUACAGCACCAACUCAGGAAUGGAAAGCUCAGCGCUUAUUGAUGACGUAUUCGAACCCGUAAACAUUGCCAACUCACAACUGACAGAUUUAUCAACGCCAGUUAAAGGCGACAGAAAAGCUUUGGUCGACAGGACACCCAUAUUCAAUAACAGCGUGCAUGGAAGUUUGAGGAAAAAUCUGAAAUUGGCUACUUUUAAAAUAAAUAGAACUCCGAAACAUAGCAAAUCAGAAGACCCAGAUACCACCAUAGGAAUAGAAUCGUCCUUCUGUAAGGAGAGUAAAAACUCAAGGAAGAUGUCGCUCGAUCAUCCGGGCAGCAGCUUCUCGCCUCAUAGAACCCACUCGUGUGAUGUUCUUGACACGCCUGGACGCCAUAAGAUGGUGGAAUUUGGAGCUCUGAGGCGACCCAGCAGUAGACUGGCUUCCAUUGAAGACAAUAUCGAUAAGCUGGUCGACCUGUUGACUCCGAAGAAACGCGCCAGUUUGUCUGGUGGGCCGAGGCAUACGCGUUGCUUUGGCAACGUAGCAUUAAUUGAGAACUGUUCGUCAGCUGCGUUUUUGCUGCACGAGGUGCACAGAGCCUGUCGAGAGGAAAGACUGGAGACUAAACUGAAGUUGUACACUGUGUCCUGCAAGUCCUACGAUAAGAAAGGUCAGGUCAAACUAAAGUUCACAUUAGAGGUCGUGGUAGUGUCAAGACUGAAGCAAUUUGGAAUUUUGAGAAAGCGCGUGGCGGGUGAUACUUGGCAGUACAAGUCACUCACUCAAAAGAUUCUAGACGGUCUGGAUUUGGGAGCUAUGAGUGAAGACUAGCAUGAAUUCAACAUAUGUUGCGUUGAUGUGCUUUGAUUGAUGAUUAUUUAUUUAAAAAUUGUGUUGUGUUCUCACUUAGCUUUAGUAAUUUUAAAACCGUAUUUUUGAAAAUUUUUGAUUAUUUUUGUUUAAAUCUGAAAUGAUAGUUCUUAGUUGAAAAGGUUUUGUUAAGUGACAUUUUUAAGAGUCGAUGAACGUAGUUCAGACUCUUAACAAGUCGUGAUGAUUUUUUUUCGUUUUAGGAAAAGUUAAAUAAAAAAGAA